UCCACCGUCGCGCGGCCCUCAUUCUUCGGGUUGGUUUUCUAACCUUCGCAACUGCGUUGUCGCCGCUCACGGUUCCAACCUCAACCCUGCCGUCGCCGGCGCGAACCGUCGCGCCUUCGGUGUCGUUGCUCGUGUCUGAGAGCUCCACUCCACGGUCGCCGGCGCCUUGCUGAUUUCGUGUCCCCCGUCGUCGGGCUGGCCACAGUGGUAUCUCUGCGGUUCACUGCAUCAGACUCUUCCAGGCAGAUUGCUCUGUGUGCUUGGCUUGCUUUAGCUACAUCCUCUGCAGUUAACGGUGGUGUGUCUUCUGUGUUGAUUGGUGGUUAAUACCAUUUUCCAAAAAUGUUAUCUAACCGUUGCUCCCAGCAGCUCAAGGCUAGCUCCAGCCUCACUAUAGAAAACUAGCCAGUUAGCUCAAGAAUAAUGGCGGCCGCAGCCACCACCACCGUUCUUAGCAUGAAGCUCCUCAUAGAUACUAAGGCGCAGAAGGUGCUGUUCGCGGAGGCGGGCAAAGACAUCGUCGACUUCCUCUUCUCCCUCCUCGCCCUGACGGUGUCCACGGCCGUCAAGCUUGCCGGGAAGGACUCCAUAGUCGGCAGCGUUGGCAACCUCUACGCCAGCGUCGAGGAGCUCGAUGAGACCUUCCUGCAGGGAGUGGCCAAGAGCGCGCUCCUCCGCCCCACGGCGACUACCUCGCCGGCCAUCAGCAGCAACAGCUCUCUUCUCUGCCUGCCGGAGCCGUCGUCCGGGAAGCCAAAGACCUUCUACAUAUGCAUGGGCAUCACCUACAGUAGCUACUGCCGUACCUACCUGACAGACGUGAACGGUAAGGCAUGCCCGUAUUGUGGAAGCUCGAUGACAACGGUGGCGAAGUACCUCUCCGGCGAGCCGGGCAGCCGGCAGGGAACGCCGCCGGGAAGGAUUUGUGCAGGGCAUCGUGACGUACACGGUGCUGGACAACCUGACGGUGACGCCCAUGUCCGCCAUCUCCAGCAUCACCCUGCUCAACACCUUGGCAGUGUGGCGCGCUCCAGCAGAAGACGGUGCAGGUCGGCUACAAUGAGGGUUUGGCGAUUCUGAAGGCCUCUCUGCAGUCCAAGACGGUCCUCACUGAUGUCUUCCUCGGCAACAAGAAGGACCGUCUCUCAAGUCCUGGUGCGCUGGUCUCAUUUUACACCAGAAUUGAAGCGCCUCUGCGCCAAC